GAUAAAGAUUGUAAUACACUGACGCAAUCUCAGAUGCAGAAACACAUGAAAACAUUGCAUCAAAGCAGAUCUUAAUGUGCAUAUAAAAUGGAUCUUCUAGACCAGCACGAGACCAAUCAAGCGUGCCAGUGCUCUCAGAAUUUGAAGGACCAUGUGAUGCCUGUGUCCCAGCCAGUGCGUGCUAAGAGUUUGUUACGCGCAAAUUUAGAAAAUUCUCGCGGACGACUUUUGCAGAGCAGGAUGCCAAACAUCAAAGUGUUCAGCGGCACAUCGCAUCCAGAUUUGGCACAACGUAUCGUCGACAGGCUCGGUAUCGACAUCGGGAAGGUUGUCACCAAGAAAUUCAGCAACCUCGAAACAUGUGUCGAGAUAGGAGAAUCUGUUCGAGGAGAAGAUGUAUACAUUGUACAAAGUGGAAGUGGAGAAGUAAAUGACAAUUUAAUGGAAUUGUUGAUCAUGAUCAAUGCAUGUAAAAUUGCAUCUGCAUCUCGAGUCACUGCUGUAAUUCCUUGUUUCCCGUAUGCUAGACAAGAUAAGAAGGAUAAGGGUGGUGAUGGAGGUGACAACUCAAAUUCUAAGAAAGAACAAAUUGUCAUCAAGACAAACGAAUGGAAAUUCAGGAGUCGUGCACCAAUUUCGGCAAAAUUAGUAGCAAACAUGCUAUCGGUAGCAGGAGCUGAUCACAUCAUUACAAUGGAUUUGCAUGCUAGUCAAAUUCAAGGCUUUUUCGACAUUCCAGUUGACAACCUAUUUGCUGAACCUGCUGUCCUAAAAUGGAUUAAGGAAAAUAUUGUUGAAUGGCGAAACAGUAUUAUUGUUUCUCCAGAUGCUGGGGGUGCUAAAAGAGUCACAUCUAUUGCUGAUCGAUUAAACGUUGAAUUUGCACUUAUACAUAAAGAGAGAAAAAAAGCAAACGAGGUUGCUAGUAUGGUGCUAGUUGGAGAUGUAAAAGACAGAGUCGCCAUUUUAGUAGAUGAUAUGGCUGAUACUUGUGGUACUAUUUGUCAUGCAGCAGAAAAACUCCUAGAAGCUGGAGCAACAAAAGUCUAUGCGAUAUUAACACACGGUAUCUUUAGCGGGCCAGCAAUUAGUAGAAUUAAUAAUGCUUGCUUUGAAGCUGUUGUAGUAACAAACACCAUUCCUCAAGAUGGCCACAUGAAGGAUUGCCCAAAGAUACAGUGUAUUGAUGUAUCAAUGAUGUUUGCUGAAGCUGUAAGGCGGACUCACAAUGGUGAAUCUGUAUCGUACCUGUUUUCAAAUGUACCGUAUUAGACAUAAAUCUUCCUCAUAAUGUACUGUAUCAAACUGUUUAAGGAGAAUGUAAUCUUUUUACAUCCGUUUACUGUUAUUUUGAGUACAGUCAAAACUAACUUGCCUACAAGAGAAAUCUUGAGAUAAGCGUUAGUGUCCUAUUUUUAAAUUGAAACCUGUAUGUGCUCGUUUUUUCCUAGAUGUGUGUAGGAAGUCAGAUAUUAGAUAGAUAAAAAGUAUAUUGUCCGUUUUGAUUAAAAAUAACUUGGUAACUUAUAGAUGCCGACGAACAAUUCUCAGAGUGAAAUUGUUUACAAAAUAAUUUUUGCUGGCUGCUGUUUAAUAUUCAAAACACAUUAUAAUUAUUCCGUUUAGGAUAUAGGUAUUAAUUACAUCGUUUAAUUUAAAUUGUAUUCAGAAUGUUAGAAGUAUGUUAUCGCGAUACGAAAUGACAUUACAUUUAUCCUGAAAAUUACACGUGUAACUCAGGAUAAAAAAAGUAUUGCAGUGUGUGCAAAUAGAUAUUCAUGCAAUAUAAUCACGCCACCAGAGGCAUAUCCCAUUUUUAUAGACAAGUGCAAAUGGCUUGCAAUACCUGUGUACAAUUUUUCACACAGUAAUACAGAGCGUCGGGAAGACUAACUUUUUACAAUUCUAAUAUAAUGUGGUAUCGUAUUUUAAUACAUUGCGUCCUUACAUUCUAUGAUAUAGGAAAACAACGCUGAGGAGACAUUUGUAUUCUUUUCGACUAUCUUUUACUACCACGACUUUUUAAAAAAUUGCUAUUUAUAUGAAUGUAUUUCUAUUGCCGAAAACAAUUGUGCUCUCAUUUAUCAGAGAAAUAUGACAUUACAGUCACUCACUUAGCUUUGGACCAAUAUUAUAUGAAAAUAUAAGUCAAUACAAAUGCAAUAUUGUUUACAUGCAAAUUUUUCUUAAUUCGAUAAAAAGUGCCACCUGUUAAUAAAUUGGAUAUUAUAAUAAAUAUCUUUAACAAAAUACAA